AAAUGAAAUCGUAAAAAAGAAUGCACACCCGUCUCCUCCCUUAUAAAUAGGAGACCAACAUUUUUUUCUCUCCACCAUCCCCUCAAUGUGGAAAAAGUUUGAAAGACCCACACCACCAUCCCCAACCCCACCUUCUCUCUGGUCAUCUCGUCCUGUCUGUCUGCCUUCUCUUUUCCCUUUUCCCUUUUAAUUUAAUUUCAUUCAAUUCAUCAUCAUUUUCCUCCUAUAAUUUUUUAUACAAUAUAUUCCAACUUAAACACUAAUUUCAAUCCGUCCAUCGACCUCCGUUUCACCCAUGGCGGCUGCUGCUGUUCCUCUCCUCCUGAUGGCAUUCGCCGCCCUCUCUGCCGCCGAUCCCGACCUCCUUCAAGACCUCUGCGUCGCCGAUCUCUCCUCCGGAGUGAAGCUGAACGGAUUCCCCUGCAAAAGCAGCAACAUAAGCGCAGAGGACUUCUUCUUCGGGGGUCUGGCCAAACCUGGCGCCACAAACAACACCAUGGGAUCUGUGGUGACCCCAGCCAACGUCCAGAAAAUCCCAGGCCUCAACACCUUGGGCGUCUCCUUCUCCCGCAUCGACUUCGCCCCCGGCGGCCUCAACCCACCCCACACCCACCCCCGCGCCACCGAGAUCAUCUUCGUCCUCACUGGCCAGCUCGACGUCGGCUUCAUCAACACCUCCAACGCCCUCUUCUCCAAGACCAUCAGCCAAGGCGAUGUCUUCGUCUUCCCCAAGGGUCUCCUCCAUUUCCAGAAGAACAACGGCGACAAACCCGCCGCCGUCAUUUCCGCCUUCAACAGCCAGCUGCCGGGCACCCAGGCCCUCGCCGCCGCCCUCUUCGCUGCGGCGCCGCCCGUGCCGGACAAUGUCUUGACCAAGGCCUUUCAGGUGGGGACUAAGGAGGUGGAGAAGAUCAAGUCGAGGCUUGCACCCAAGAAGUAAUUAAUUAAUUAUAUUAUUAUGAUUUCAUUCUGCAUUCACAUUUUAACUACACUCCGCGCGCCCUUGUCUUCUCGUCUGUUCCUCGCUUUAUAUAUAUAUAUAUAUAUAUAUAUAUAUAUUUUAAAUUUUUUUGGUUGGUUUUUCAAUAAAGUGGUGAUGACGUAAAGGAUUGAUUAA